AUGGUUAGCAUCGUCGAUUACUAUCGUAUCCAUAAUUGCUUUUUCGAUUCUCCUAAUACAUGCACAUUCAAGAAUCAAUUUCAAAUAAAUUACAACUGGCUAUCUCUUUCAAUAGGUAUUGAGCAAUUACGUAAUGCUAUCGCUAGCUUCCAUAAACGCUAUGAUGGACUCGAUUUUUCUGCUGACCAAAUUAUUGUAGCUCCUGGUAGUAAGGAACUACUCUUUUUAACAAUGCUUGUUAUGGAUGCAGAUAUCAUAGUUCCAUCUCCAACUUGGACAACCUAUUUACCACAAAGUAAACUAGCGGGAAGGAAAUCGAUUAUCUUAAGCUCUCGCUUUGAAGAUGAAUGGCGCUUAACCCCAGAAAUUUUAGACAAGGCCAUUAACGAACAAUGCACCAACGCCAAUAAAGUACUAAUUUUCUGCAAUCCAGAUAAUCCCACCGGAACGUCUUAUACAGAGCAGCAACUAACAGAGCUCAGUAAAGUCCUGCGAAAGCAUUCGGUUAUCGUCCUUUCAGAUGAAAUUUACGGAAGGACAAAUUAUAAAAAUGCUCACCUUUCCAUUGCUAAGUUUUACAAAGAAGGCACGAUCUUAAUGUCAGGCUUAUCAAAAUGGGCUUCCCUUGGAGGUUGGCGGGUUGGUUACGCAAUAUAUCCGAAAGAAUUAGCUGAAGUGCAAAGUGCUGUCAGAAGCGCUGGCAGUCACACAUACUCAUGCACCUCUGCCCCUAUUCAAUAUGCCGUAGCAGAUGUUUUACAAAAUUUUGAAGCUUGUGAUACAUAUAUAUAUCAUAUUAAGCGUAUUUUGGAAGCGGUUUCUAAGUACUGCUAUGAGCAGCUAACAAGUGUUGGCGUAAAGUGUAUACAAUCAACUGGUGGAUUUUAUAUGCUACCUGAUUUUGAGGUAAUCAGACCAGGCUUGGAGAAAAAUAAUAUCACGACUUGCCAAGAAAUGUGUGAGGACUUGUUUCAAAAGCGUUCCGUUGUGGUUAUGGCUGGCGGACCAGCGUUUCUUCGCCCCUUGAAAGAGCUCACUGUCCGUUUGUGUUACAUAGACUUUGACGGUACAUUAGCUCUAAAUGAAAGUAUCAAUAUUGGACCUGAUAAGCCACUCACUCGUGAAUUUGUAGAACAGUUUUGCAGCCAUCAAGCAGAAGGAAUAAAGGUUCCAUAA